UACUUCACUGAAGCGCGAAUGUUUUAAAAUGGUGGAUACAAAGUUAGCAAUUAUUUCUCUGCUCAUCGUUGUUUCCAGUGUUUAGCCCUUACCAUCAAGCUCGUUUUCAAUGACAUGUGAAAAUUUAUUAAACGUUUAUUUGAGGCACAGUAAACCCGGUGAACCUAAACGAAUGUGCUCGAUGGCCAUUCGUUUAUAUGUUUAGAACAUUUGAUAUUGGAAUAAUCCGGUCAUCGAAAUACGAAGUAAGAGAAUGGAGGAAGCUAGAGAAUGUCUCAGAGAAGGUGUGCUGAAUCACCUGAAUGUACUGGAGACAGAGGCAUUGGUGCUUUCCAGACAACAGAAGCUAUGUUUGCAACAGCAGAGCCGAGUGGAUGACCUCCGAAUCACGGUGGAGAAGCUGAGGGCCCACAGAGACCAGCUCAAAGCCAGAGCAAAGACCACCAUGUCCCUCCAGCAGCUAAAGGCUGAGACUGACCAAAGAAACGAAGAACGCUAUGAAGAUGAUAACAGUGAAGAAGGCUGUUCAAGGACUGGGCAGUCCCUGCUUUCUUUGCUGAUGGUCAGGAGGACUCGAGUGAAAGACCUUCUGCAGGCCCAUCACCUCAUUGGUGGCUACGAUGUGACUGAGACCCGCAGAGGCAAAGGCGUGUCCAUUUCCAUAGCCACCGCCUUCGAGGGCCUCUACCUGGAGACAUACUGCCUGGAGCUGGACCUGAGUCGUGCUGUGCGAAUCUGCCGCCACAACAUCCCCCCAUUCAUCCCCCUGGAGAAGCUGGCCCAGGUGCACCUACAGACCGACCUCAUUGGCUUUCUCAGCACCCUCAGCAGCCACCUCAACGCAUUUGCUGGUCGCCGGCAACAAAUUUGCCUCAUCCAGGAAGUUCUCCAGGACUCAGUGGAGGUGAUGGAAAGCAAUAUGCUGUUUAACUCGGUUGUUCUCAUGUGCACUGACUCGGGAGAGAGCAGAAAAGCCAUGCUCUUCACACUGGUGUACUCAGACCUCUCUCGAUACCUGCCCACCAAGGUCACCAUCGAUUCCGAAGAUAAGGUCCUGCCUAGUACACCACAGUGGAAGAAAAGCCAGUCUCUGCUCCUGUGGACUCCAGCGCACGCAGCAUUCCAGGCUCUGAAGAUGGAGGGGCAGAUUGCCUAAUCCUGACCAAUACAUCUUCUAUGUUUUUCUUCUUCUUUUUUCCACAUGGUGUCACUUUUUUUUCUGCCAUGAGUUUGUACAACAUCGAGUUAAGCAAAUGACUUGCUGGACUAACCUUUUUCAGGUGCAGGUUAGCUGUUCUUGGCAGUAGGAUGGUAUAUUGAGGGUGAAACUUAAAAAGAAAUGUUGCUCAGUCUUAAUUCAGAUGCAGUUGCACAGUCUUAAUUCCGAUUCCGAAGCUGCCCUCAAGGCCACGUUCAGCCAUGACAAAAUGUAUUUAAACUAAAACGGUGCCGCCUUGAACAUCCUGUUGCAAACCGUGGGCGGGCUUACUGAUAUAGCACAUAGCUCCUAUGCCAUCUGAGAAGACGCUCUCUGGGCUUUAAAACUUAACAAGUUUUCCAAAACUGACCCAGGGUUUUGACACAACAACAACUGGCACACACAUAUACCUGGACGGAAAAUUGACUUCACCUGCAAGACAAUCAAGAUCAACUAAUAGAGAAGGGCAAGUUUAAACACAAACCAAAGAAAAAGGACCCAUUUUUACAAUCCAUAGAAAUAAAAAAUGAAUUAGAAAUGUAGUACGUAGUCUUUUUCUGUCACAAUUUUUCUUUGUGUUGCAAUCUGUUACAGUAUGGUGGAAUAUAUUGUGUGCAGUGUAUAAGAAGUAACUUAUUGAAUACUAUCCAUUGCUAUGGUUACUAAAAAAGAGAUUGUGUUUAAACUUGCCCUUGUCUAUUACAUGAUCUUGAUUGUCUUGCAGGUGUCAGUUUCAAUCUUUUCCAGGUAUACUGUAUGUGUAUCUAUGUGUAUGUCUGCCAGCUUUGCUGCCGAAACGUCAGCAAUUGAGUAACUGCAUCAGAAUUCAUUUUUUAAGUUUUGCUUUCAAGAUUCUGGAGUCUGCAUAUCUCUCUAAACAAGGUGUGCAUUUUCCCUUUUUGCUUUUGUAUUUUGCAGGGUGCCCAUAAAAAGUCACAUGGCUGAAAGUGUGUGUAACCCUGGUCCUGGUGCACCCGAAAUGUUCCUGGGGUGCAUCCCAUUCAUGUUGAAUUGCAAUUAUUUACCUAUUGAGUUUGACAGAUUAAACAUCUGAGCCUGAAAAUUCAGAGGCUGAAUAUUUAAAUGCCUAAUACUUUUAGAACACGUCACCUCUGUUCAUGAUUUUUUUAUUAAUCCAGUUUUGUACCAUAGUUUCUCCAGGGCCAUGGUUGCCUGUACAGUAAGCAUGAACUGUGUGACCACAAUUUGUAUAGCUUUUGUCAGUGGUCUGGUUCAUGCAUUUAUCCAUUUUUAAUUCACUGAAAAUGAAACCUAAAUUGGGUGGAUUUAUUUUGGUUAAUUGACUUAUGUAUUCCAACAAAUCAGUAAAGGAAUCUAAUCCAUAUGGACUGGUCCUUCUUUGUACAUGAACCUUUUCACGCAGAUUCUGCACAUUUUUGCAUUAUUCUGAUUUUUGACUCCAGAGGUGAGCAUCACAGAGCCUUGUGAAAUGGCUUGAAUGAAGCAAGACACUUUUAUAACACAGUUUCAUUUAUACCACCUUAAUUAAAAUAAUUUGGUUUAUUUAUACAUUAAGUGCUACAAAUACAAAAGAAUGUAGGCAAAUUACAGCCAUGAUGAUACUACAGUGCAACAGCAUGACCACAACUGAUUCUAUACAACAGGUCUACAGACAAGGCUAUUAUGUAAUGGCUGUUUGAGAUGGUUAACCCCUUCCCCCCAACAUCAUCAGAAAAUCUGGAUUAGCAUUGCCUGUCUGCCAUUGAUCAUGUGUCUCGACUAUUUCAUGUUGAUCAGUUUGAUUUUAUUCAAUUUUUUUUUUUUUUUUUUUUGAUUCAAAUUGUUUUUGCUACUGUUCUCACUGAAACCUUCUGUAGGAAAAUACGGAACAAAUGACAUCCCAUAUUGAGUUUGUAAGGGAACAUUUCAUUUUUCAAUCAGGGAAGAUUCCGUUGGAUAUUAAUGUUAUUGGCGAACAGAGGGGUGGCAACCCUCCUCACAAAUCUAUAUUUGGUUGCUGUAUACAUUUAACUUUUCAAUUGAUUGUACGGGAGUCCAGAGCAGGGGUGAUCGAAACACCCAAUAAGUUUGUUGGGUCAUUCCAUUCAACUCAAAUCGUUAGAUAUUUGGUAUCUUGGGAGUAAUUGGCAUUUAGAAUUCAAGAAAAAAACAAUCUGUUUCAUGUUGCAGAUACUGGGCCUUAAAAGUUUUUUUUUUUUUUCUCAAGCCAUUUUUGAGGUGUCCGAUUUCAAGUAAACCUAUUUUUGAUUUCCAUCUUUUUCUCUGUGGAAGUCUUAUGUGAGCUCUUUCUCCUAUAAAAAAUAAAAAUUGAAGUAAUUUA